AUGUCGACUUAUCAUUCGAGCUCAGACGAAGAGCAGGUUCAGCAAUCAGGCUACACCUUUAAACCCUCCCAGCAAUCGUUCCUCCGCGAGAAGCUCGACGGAUAUGUUGGGGCGGAGAAGAAAAAACGUAGCAAGUACGUGAAGAAGGUGGCCAAUCAUUUGCAGAAGGAGAUAGAGGAGUCGUCGGGAAACGAGAUGACGCAAGAUGAGUUUCGUCCUCAGAAGAAACUCAAAGAAGUAUGGGAUUGCCGUUGGAACUCACGAUUAGUCUUCAUGAGGCUAAACGCGGCCAAGAUAAAGGCUUUGGCUCAUCGCAUGGUCGGCGGAGAGGUGGAUGUUGACCAAUUCUUGGACGACUGGGACAGAGGGGAGGUAGAUGAUUUCGAUGGGGAGCAUGGGAAAGGUAGAAACCCCAAGACGAAAGGAAAGAAGGGAGGUGAAGACGACUGGUUUUUCAACCAUUAUCAGGCAGCAGCAAGCCUCCUUAUCAAUGGACUCUCCGAGAAAGAGAAAGCCCACUACGCUGCAGUUGCAGAGAAGUGGAAGAAGCAAGGACCUCCAGAAGAGCAACAGAGCAAACUGGCAGAUAAGGCGGCGACAAAGAAGGCCUACUCUUUUGCGAAGUUUGUGGAUAAACAGCUCAAUGGUGUGGCGGUCAUGUUGCUAGGUUGGAGAGGUGAAGAUGGCAAGCCUACCGCCGUCAAAGUGGAGUUCACAGAGGAGCUGGGCAGGGGCCCCAAUUUCAUCGACGUCCAUCAAAAGAAGAUCGAGGCAUUGUUCAGAGACUUCAAGGCGCAUGUCUGGAAGCUGUAUAACGACGACAGCGACGCGGAGGAAGACGAUUGGGUCAAAACUAAGAACAUCAAGAAGCCCAUCAUGGUGAUGAAAACCAACGAUUACGGGGAGCCCUUCCUUCCCAACCCCAAUACCAGGAAAGUCGGCGAGCAACGGGGGGAUUGGUACGGUCAUGCCUUGCGAUCCUUCUUCAUCUACCACUAUGGUGAGUGCUUCACCCCCUCGACUGAACAGUGUCUAAUCAAGAGGAAUGUAGCGUGUUCCUCGAACAUCAGCCCUGAUCACGUACGUUUCCCCUGGUCCAAACUCGAAGAGAACAAGAGGGCCUUCAUCAAGCCUGGGUUCAUGCCCGACAACUAUCUGGAUUUGCUCAAGGAGCCUUCGGACAUGAAGGUUUCCGCCCGAGUCCAGGUUUUUGAUUAUCUUUAUGAGCGUCAGCGGGAGGCAAGGGAGGUCCCAUCCAAAGCGAACCAACAGACUUUCGAGAUAUCUGCAUAUGUCGACAGAUGGGGCGAGCUUCAGACCAGGGCGCCUAGGAAAAAAAAAGCCAAUGAAACUGAUCCUAAUAACAGUGACCUGGAGUUGGAGCUCUUCAUCAACAGGAUGCAAAAGGAGGACUCAACGGCAGGGAGAAGAGAAGGAGAACGGACAAUGCAGGGACCUAGGAAGGGCAAGAGCGGUGUUCGACAUGAUCGAAGUCAGGAUUCCGAUCCGGGAACGAAGAAGCCUGCCCAGUCUCGCCCGAUCAAUGAGGGGCAGCCUUCAACUGCCAAAACCCCGUUCCAACUUAGAUUUGCGAGGUGGAACGACCAUGAAAGUGUCAACGGCGGAGAUGGGGAUCGGAAUGACGGACACAAUGGGGGGGUUCCAGGCGAUGGCUGGUUGAGGUCGGAUGAUGACGAUGAUGAUGAUGAUGAGUUUGGCGGUGAAGGGGAUCGUGAUGAGCCGGAAGAUGGUGGCAUGGGGUCGGAUGAUCCAGAUCAGGAUCGUGAUGACGACUUUGGCGGCGAAGGGGAUCGUGACGAGCCGGAAGAUGGUGGCAUGGGGUCGGAUGAUCCAGAGCAGGAUCGUGAUGACGACUUUGGUGGUGAAGGGGAUCGUGACGAGCCGGAAGAUGGUGGCAUGGGGUCGGAUGAUCCAGAUCAGGAUCAUGAUGAUGAUCUUGGUGGAGAUGGGGAUCAUGAUGAAGAGGACGACUCUGACACCGGUGGGGGCCGAGAUAUCGACCAAUUGGAGGACGACUACCAGGGUAGACGUACUCGCUCGAGAUCACGGGCUCGAGACCUGUUGGAGGAAGGCGCAAGCGAGGGCGAUGAAGAUCAGCCGUCUAGCUUCAAAGGCGUCAGAACCAGACGUCAGCGCCGCGAGGGCAUGGAUCCUAAGUCAAUCUCUGCAGAAGAAGGGUUGCGGACGACCAGGAAUCGACGGGCUGCUGCUAACCCAGAUAAUUCGAAACCUGUCGGCAAGAGGAAGGCUGAUCAACCAGUCGCAUCAGGGAGCCCAUCGAAGCGCAGGCGGCUUGAACCCUCCGCUCAGUCAAGGUCAUCAAGUCCCAAGAAACCAGCUCCGACAAACAAGAAGGCCGCACCCCUUCCUCGGACUCCUCAGAGAAAGGCUGCUGUAAAUGGAAGGAAAGAUGGUGCAUUGCCCAAGAAGAGGGUCCCUGGACGUCGAUGA